AUGGAAAUUGCACAUAGGAGAAAUCCUGGAUACCUUCCAUGGAGUUGGUCACUUACAAAGAAGAAAAAAUACACAUUUAUGGAAUUAGUUGAAGGACAUGCCACAACAAAAGAGCAAAUUCACUUUGCAAGGAAGAAAGAAAUACCAAAAAGAGGUUGGUUUUCAGGUCAAUACGGUUUUAUGAUAUUACGAGCUGACCAUGCAUGCUUCUGGAUGGAUCAUUGGAUUGGUAUAAACAACCACAAAUGGUUUGUUCUUGCUCUUAUCAAUGGCACAAUAUUUCAGUUAUUUGGUUGGCUCGUAGCUGUAUACAUUCUAUUUUUCAUAGGAUUUCCUUAUAAGUGGUAUAUCGUAUUAACAAUGAUUGGAAUUGAAGGUUUCUUUUCAGUUGUUGGUUGUGGGCAAACUUUUAUUCAAAUAUAUAAUCUCUUCACAAAUACAACAGUUAUUGAACGUUUGAACAAAUGGAAGAAGAAGUUCUACCAUGGUCCAUGCUCUGGAUGGACAGAAGUUUGUGGACCCUUGAAAUAUUUGCCAACCUGGUUCAUACCAUUCAGAUUUGGUGAAAUUCCUGAUGGAUUUGGUUUCCAAGAAUCAGACAGAUGGGCUCCUCCAAGGCAGAAAGGAACUGAAGAAGAAACAAAACCAUUAUUAUAA